GCGGACGCGGCGCUGACCCGAGCCGGCUGCAGCUGCCAUGGACAGCGGCGGCCCCGGCCCGCACGGACGGCACAGGCAGAUGCACUGAUGUCUGCUCCUUGCAGAGACCUGGCCCACCUGGGGUUGGCAGAUGUGCAGGUCUUGGUGUGAAUGCCCAGUAAGAGAAUGAGUGAGAGAGACCUCCAGAGCCUGAGCAAAUGGGUUUUUGUGCUCACUCUCUGCCUUACCACGUUGUGGGGAAGACUGACGCUGGCAUCCAACCAUCACAGAAGCCAUUCAGUGCACAUAGAGCCUGGCACAUGCGAGGUCAUUGCAGCUCACAGGUGCUGCAACAAGAACAAGAUCGAGGAGCGCUCCCAGACGGUGAAAUGCUCCUGCUUCCCAGGCCAGGUGGCAGGGACAACGCGAGCAGCUCCGUCCUGUGUGGAUGCCUCCAUCGUGCUGCAGAAGUGGUGGUGCCAGAUGGAGCCCUGCCUCCAUGGCGAGGAGUGCAGGGUGCUGCCUGACCUCUCAGGAUGGAGCUGCAGUAGUGGCAACAAAGUGAAGACAACCAAGGUCACACGAUAGCCUCCGAGCACUCAGCAGCAGUUAACCAGCCUUGGUACCGGUCUCAGAUGUGACCCAUGGAGGCAGGAUGCUCCAGGAUUGCUGUCCUGCAUCUGCUGGUGGGACCCUGUCAGGUACCACAUCAGAAGUCCAGAGUUUCCCAACAGGCUGCGAGUAUGGGAGCCCAGUGCAGCUGCAAGCCUUGUGUCACUCCACGAUCCCCUCCUCUCCCGUGGACACCAUCACCGACCAAGAAAUGGGCUCAUUUUCCUAUCCUCUUAGCUAAAAUACUGCAAUCAUGUAAGAGCUGUUGACAACAGAAACAGACAGACAGACAGACAGACAGCAGUCCUCCCAAUGGGCUUUACUCUGAACUAGCUGAAAUCAUUGCUCAGUCGCCUUUCUCCAUCUCCCAAGAUGCUGAAUGUGGUUGCCUUCAGGAACUGGGAAGUCAAUGGCUGUGGGACACCCUGGGCUGCUGGGUGCCCUGGAGCAGGCGCUGAGCUCUGGCCUCAUCUCAAGCUGGGAUGUGCUGAGCCCUGGAGCACGGUGCUGUGCUCAUGCAUGGUGGAUGUGGCGGUGGGGCUGGGGGGGGGUCCGACACCCCAUCAUCCACUGGAGAUGGUGAAGUGUCUCCAUGAGCAUGCUGCUGGGUACUCUAUCCUUGGGAACUGCAUUAACUGGGCUGUGACUUUAACAUCCCCUUCAGGUCCCAGGCACUGAAUUACUGCUUGUGUUUGCAAUUGAGUUUCAGAUUCACGUGCAGGGAAGCCCAAUCCUGGGGUACCUGACACCUGCAGAUGCCUCAGAGCCCCAGACUGACCCAGGGUUUGUUGUAUUCAUUCCAAUUGUACCAUCUGCUCUGAGCUCAUCCCUGCUGCAGGACUCACACUUCCCCUGGUGUGGCAGCUCGAGGGGGUGAUGAGGGGAGCUCCAUGCUCCCAACAUCCACAGGGCUGGGGACUCCAGGGGACACAAUGGCCAAUGGAGGGCCAGGGGUUGGUGCCUGCCAUUGGCAGGACUCAUGUAGAUGCUUCUGUAACAGGAGAUGUGAUACCUGCUCCAGAUGGGAUGUAAAUACCAGACUGUGAAAUAAUAAACACAUUUUAACCUCUGCAGAGGAUCUGUUAAUUCAGCAGCAAAGAGGCUUUGGGAGCACUUCCCUUGCUGACUGGAUCCAAGAGGAGCGGUUGGGGCUCUGCCCUGGGGGUUCCAUUCCCAAGCAGCUCAUGCAGCCGCUGUCAUUACUCAUGCAAAUGUCGAAAUCUCUGGCUCAAUAAAACCUUUGGCUGUGA